GCCCCCACCAGGCGCCAUGUGCCACGUGAUCGUGACGUGCCGCUCCAUGCUGUGGACCCUGCUGAGCAUCGUGGUGGCCUUCGCUGAGCUCAUCGCCUUCAUGAGCGCCGACUGGCUGGUGGGCUACCAGCGGACGCCCGAGCCCGUCAUCGGGGUGCACGGCACGCCCGAGCCCUUCCGGCCCACGCUGGGCAUCUACAUGCGCUGCACCAAGGUGACGGGCCACCGGCGCGGCGUCCUGUGCGGGCCCUACGCCGUGGAGUUCGGCGAGAUCGCCAGCGGCUUCUGGCAGGCCACCGCCAUCUUCCUCGGGGCCGGCAUCCUGCUGCUGUGCGCCGUGGCCUUCAUCUCCGUCUUCACCAUGUGCUUCCAGAGCAUCAUGAAGAAGAGCAUCUUCAACGUGUGCGGCCUGCUGCAGGGCAUCGCAGGUCUGUUCCUGAUCCUGGGCCUGAUGCUGUACCCGGCCGGCUGGGGCUCUGACAAGGUGCUGUCCUACUGCGGGGCCGACGCCUCACCCUACAAGGUGGGCCUGUGCUCGCUGGGCUGGGCCUUCUACACGGCCAUCGGCGGGACGGUGCUCACCUUCAUCUGCGCCGUCUUCUCCGCCCAGGCCGAGAUCGCCACCUCCAGCGACAAGGUGCAGGAGGAGAUCGAGGAAGGGAAGAGCCUCAUCUGCCUGCUGUGAGCCAGCCUCGGAUCAAACAAGGCCCAGGCCUACUUAAGUCACGGCCCAGGCUUACUUAAACUGAGGCCAACGUCUACCAAGGCGCGGACUUACUAACUCUCAGGCCUGCUAUGGCCUCCCCCACUCACAAAAGGGAUUGAGACAUUAGUGUUUACCACUAGGACUAACGUUCUUAACCAGUCUGUCGGUCUGUUUGUUUCAUUUGGGUAGGCGAGACUCGCUCCUUGCAUCAAGCUUUUUCUACAAUAAUGCUGUCUAUGUACGUGGUGCCCCAUUUCACAGUGCCAGCGUAAGCUACCCUGAUACAGAAUGAAUUGUAAAUAACUUUGUAUAUACUGUACAGAACUUGAGAGAAUGUGGAAUUUAUUCUUCUUUUCCAAUGGCAUUAAGCAUCAGACUAUUGUGCAAGCAGUGGUUGCUUUCACUUGCUGAUUGCUGGAGAGCCGAAGUCUUGCCCAGGAGCCACCGCUAGCAUGUACUGCAUCACCAGCUGUUCUUAUGAUUCAGUCUGCCUUCCUAAGAUUUCCUGUUAAUUUACAGAAAGUAGCUGGAAAGUAAUUAGAUACUGGGCAAAGCAUUUCUGCAUUUAUUGUUCAAGACUGUUUUCACCACAAAUGCGAGGAGCACACACGACUUCCCAACGAGGCCUUAAAUCCUAAAGUAUGGAGGAGCAUGUAUCAUCGACCAGACGAACUGGUGCAGCUAUCUCCGUCUGCCGUUUGCACGUCAUUGCUUUUGCCAUGGAAACAAAUGACUGUGCAGGUGUCCCCAGCUGCCUCGUGUCAUACAGUGGGAUAGUGUCUUAACUGAGACAGACAGGAAGUACCUGGUUGCAGUGCCAAUGACUCCUUAUGUUGCCUAUUUCUUCAGAGAGAAAGAGCGACCAUGGUGCCUGGCUGAUUACAUCAGCUGUCUGACCCCCCUGCCCCCAGCCUGCUCAGUUGAACCAUAUAGGGGUUGGAGGACAGAUUUUGGUGUAGUGCCAGCACACCCACACUGGGAUCUCCAGUAGGGGUGGGACAAAAUUCUGCCAAAGACAACAGCAUCCUCACCAGGGGAAACAGCCCUUGGACUUUGUCGUCCACAUCCAGCACUCUCAAUGAGUUGCCGUGCCAACAUGUGUACCCACACUGACGUUUUCCUUGCCACUGACAGAGCAGGCUGGUGUUGGGCUCAGUACUGCAGCUCGGAUCGGACACAUAACCACGCAGAGCAGAUGAGAGACUCAUCGGAAAGGUCUUGUUUCAAAAUCCGUGGAUAAGAGAUCACAGGCCUUUUUUUGGUGGUGUUAAAGUAGGCAAUAAUUCAUGUAAAACUGUUUCUGUGUGUUGCUAAGCUGCAGCGGCCAGUGAGUUUCCAGCGAGCUUCAAAGGCACAUGGGCCUAGUUUUCUGCCGUCCCGGGCCCACCGGGCUGUCACUCACUUUUUUAUUGGUACCACUUAGGAAGCAGGACUAGAUCCCACCCGAAAAAGCCUGAGGUCGGGCCAGGGCGUGAGUCACUGCUGGGGUCACAUGCUGUACCACAGUAAAAAAGCUGCAAAGCUGGCAGGUUGCAUCAACGCUGCCUCCAGAAAACCUCUCAAUUACUUCCAGAUAACAUUUACAGACUCCUUUUUUU